CACCAGCCGCAUGAACCCUCCGCUAGAUCCGCAUUGUCCAUCCGCCUAAUCGCGUAUCUCAGCACCGAACCGACGGUCAGAACCCUCGCCGAGGGGUCACCCUGUCGCCAAGUCUAGUCAGACUUGUGCUUCCGUGACCUCGACGCAGCAGGGAUCACGCAGCCACGCAACCAACUGAAGCUAGCAAACCAUGUCCAUGGAACUGGCCGUGAUCCACCUCGCGCGCCCAGCCCUCACACCGUCGCCUUCGCUGCGGCCGCGUGGACGGCGCAUGCUGCGCCUACGCGUGAGGUGCCGCAUCGACGGGGAUGAGGGGGGUGGAGCCCGGGGGAGCGAGGAGGACGAGCCCGAGUCGCUGUUUGCAAAGGAGCUGAGGCGGCGGGGUAUGGCGGCGGGGUCCGUCCCUUCCGGGGAGAAGUCGGGGGCAGCCGCGGAGGCGGAGGAAGGCGGCCCAGGGGGAGAGGCGGGGAGGAAGCGCGGGGUCGGUGCGGCGGCGGCGGAGUUCGAGAGGGCUGCGUCGGGGGCGGACGGGCAGAGAGAGCGGUCCGUGGCGCUCAACAGCGAAGGCCUUGAGGGUCUAGUACCACGGGCAAAGCUGUUAUUAUCACUUGGUGGUACUUUUUUCCUGGCAUUUGGUCCUCUGAUUAUUGUCACGGUUUCUCUAUUUGCUGGUCUUUAUCUGUAUUUUGGGCAAAGCUUUGUACACGACGGGAGCAAGAAACCAGUCGCGCCACCACCAUACAUUGAUCCAUAUGAGCUACUGGAAGAUGAUAGGAUCUCCCGGCCCUCCCUUGAUGUGUUCUGAAUCUCCACGACAAAAGGAUAGUAUUUGUAGAUAGCUCAAUAAUUUUCUUGUUUUACUAGAUAUGUACCUGUAAAUGCAAUAGCUGUAGACUGUUAUUAUCCGGAAAUUGGCAAUGGCUCGUAGGUGCAUAUGCACCCAUUGUCUAAAUACACAUUUUAAAAAGUUUACAAUAAAAUUUGCGAAAAAUCUCGCGCCAAAA